GCAGAUGAAGUGAUACAGGAAACGGAAUUGCCCUGCUAAAAUAUCACAUGCAUGUAGCUGAGCAAAGAACGAAGGGAACAAGUGCAGACCAUCAUGGAGAGAGUGCACAUUUGAAAUCAUUACAGUUCCCCACUGGCACCACCUGUGUGUGUGUGGGCGCGUGGCUGCGCGUGCGUGUGUGUGUGUGUGUGUGUGUACCACAGAGGAAUUGAUUAUGUAACGUGUUCCCAAUCACAUCGUCGUCUGAGUGCGAGGAGCGAGGACGCUUUCAGGAGUAUUCGUGCUGCUGCUAUCAGUCUCCCGGUAGUCUUCUCUCCGACGCCACAAAGUCCCUGUCGCUUACCUGGUGCAAAGCUGCUCCAAGUCUCGGAGGAGAGCCAUAAAUGCAACAUUUGAGAAGGCUGCAGAGAAGUCUCCCCGCCAAACAAACCCCUGCUGAGUUCCAUGCAUUCUCCAGCCGGGAUGGAAGAAAAUGAACUGCUGCUGCACAGAAGAUAAAAAUAAUGGGACGCCCCAGAGAAUGCCACCAUUAUUCAUGAAGUAAAUGCAAAAAAAGUAAAUUAAUAGCAAAUUAAUAUUAAAGCCAAGAUAAUGGAGCAGGAGCCCAACAGCAACCACAACCAAGCCUUGUGGAAAGAGAUUCCGUGGGAUUUCACAGAUGACUGUUCGCUCUCACUGAGCGGAACCACCUUCCUCAUAGUGGCGUACAGCGCUGUUCUGGCGGUGGGUCUUGUGGGGAACUCAUGCCUGGUGUUUGUCAUCGCCAGGCACAAGGAGAUGCGCAAUGUCACCAACGUCCUCAUCGCCAACCUGUCCUUUUCCGACAUCCUUAUGUGCAUCGUUUGCCUGCCGGUUACGAUCAUCUACACGCUGAUGGACCGCUGGAUCAUGGGAGAGACACUGUGCAAGCUGAUGCCCUUCAUCCAGUGUAUAUCGGUCACAGUCUCUGUCUUCUCCCUCAUCCUCAUCGCUAUGGAGCGCUACCAGCUCAUCGUCCACCCCACUGGAUGGAAACCAAUGGUGAGGCAGUCCUACUUGGCGGUGGCUCUCACCUGGAUCACAGCCUGCCUAAUCUCGGUGCCUUUCCUCAAGUACAGCAUCCUUACAUUGCCUUUCCAGAACCUUAGCGCCCCCUUCCCAGUCAAUGAGCAACUUGUUUGUAUGGAACGGUGGCCAUCUGUGAAUGCACGCCGGGCUUAUACCACCUCUCUGCUCAUCUUCCAGUAUUUCCUCCCGCUCUCCCUCAUCAUGCUCUGCUACCUGCACAUCUACCUGCGGCUUAGGAGGAGGAAGGACAUGGUGGAACGCAGUAGGAACGCCACGCAGAAGAACAAAGGCUCCACGAGGAUCAACGUCUUGUUAACCUCCAUAGUGGUGGCCUUCGCCCUUUCCUGGCUCCCUCUCAACAUUUUCAACACAGUGUUUGACUGGAACUACGAGGCCAUCCCGUCCUGCGGCCACGAUAUCAUCUUCUCAUUCUGCCACCUUAUCGCCAUGGCAUCCACCUGUAUCAACCCCAUAAUCUACGGGUUCCUCAACAACAACUUCCAGAAGCAGCUCAAGUCCACCCUGCUGCACUGUCGCUGCUGGGGGGUUACAGAAAGGUACGAGAGCGUACCACUCUCCACCGUCAGCACAGAGGUUACCAAGGGGUCAGUUUUGAGCAAUGGCUCCAACAGCAUCAAUACCUAAAGCAAAACCUUUUGGCGAAAAACUACUGGGGCACUCCCCAGCUGUCUUUGUCUCAUUCUUUGGAGCUUUUUGUCUUGUUCAAUGGAAAAGUGAGGUUGACAUUUACAGAAAACUCCUCAAUAACUACCCAGAUGGACAUAAAGACACUCCACCAGCAUAACCGGUGCCCUCUAAUCAUCAUGGUUCACAACGAAAAGGAAGUGGGUAACAAAAUUAUGGGACAAAGUUCAGAGAGGCUUGACUUAUUAAAGUAUGAUGAUGAGAAACACUUAACAUAAGAACUUUGUGCAAACUGCACUCUGUACAGUGCUGUGGGACCAUAAAAUAUUUAUUACUGCCAUUUAGAAAUGAGGAUACAUGUCACACAGUAUCCUUAUGUACAGAUGUCAUUGUGGUUGAAUAGCUGCAACUCUCUUCGCAAACCUGACUUGUGAGCAUUGGAAAACCAACAAACAACGUGGAAAGGACAAGGUGUGGACAUUUCCAAUGCUAAAAGUACUGAUGACUACUGUAUAAAACAGAGUGCGACCCGUGAUGUGUUAAUGAUUAUUGACUGACUAGCCUAUUACAAAGUUGAAGGAUAGAACAUAAUAGUGCUUUCACCGUGGCUUCAGGCGUUUACUGGCAUUAUCUUAAUGUGUUUCUUAUUACCCAAACAUACAAACAAUGUAAUAAACCUCACAAAAAAAGGCAUUCCAUAUUGCCCACUAAGGUCUGUGAAUCAUAUAUUUUGUGAAAGGUUGGAUGGUGUAGAUUUGCUGAUAAAUUGUGACAUGCAACAAUAUAUCAAGUGCCAUAAAAAAAUGUGAAUUGAGCAGCUCAGGCCCAAUGAUGGUUUCUCUGCUGUAUAUAACCUUACGACAUAAAUGUAUGGCCUGUAAACCGUGACAGAUUAUUGUAUAGUCGGCAAUAAAGGGCAUUGUGUAGCAUAGCCUGAAUCUUUGGUGAUGUAUUAAUUUAUUAUUAUUAUUAAUUUAUUAUCUCCUCUAUUAUAGACAAAAUAUUACACUGACUGAACAUUUUCUACCUUGCCCCAAGAUGAACCCUGAGCCAACAGAUAUUGUAUAUGUCAGCCCUGUGAUAUUUGAAAAAGAACACACACAAGGUCAAAGGGAGUCUUUUUGCACAUUAUUCAGUCUCAGAUCACACAUUCAGAUGAUGAAUAAAUGAAUGUUGCAUCUGGUGUCUGAAAUGUUAAAUAGUGUGGGGAGGAAAAAACAACACUCAGCUCAGAGCUCAGUGGGAAUUGUGCUAAAUAUUCAUGCUGAUGGAACACAUUUCAACACAUGAUCACCCGCCACUUGAUUAGGUACACCUACACAAUCCAAUGAGAUCUAAAUGAAGAGGCAUAGCGAAUCAUUUCACUUUUACAAAAAUAAUGUUCCGUUUGGAUAUAUUAUGGUUAUUUUUGCUGUUGGAACCUACAAUAAAGUAAAAAAACACUAUCUGCCAUGAUGUUGGUUGACUUCCAAGUUGUUGUAAUUUAGAAACAAUUUAUCCUAGAGAAAAUAAUAUACAUUCAACAAAAAUACAAACGCAACCCUUCUGUUUUUGCUCCCAUUUUUCAUGAGGUGAACUCAAAGAUCUAAAACUUUCUGAAAGUACACAAAAGUCUUUCAAAUAUUGCUCACAAAUCUGUCUAAAUCUGUAUUAGUGAGUAUUCAUCAUUCAUGAUUCAUAAUCUGUCCACCUUACAGGUGUUGCAUAUCAUAUCAAGAUGCAUGAUUAUUGCACAGAUGUGCCUUAGGUUGGCCACAAUGAAAGACCACUCCAAAAUGCGCAGUUUAAUAUGCAUAUAUACCAUUUUCUA